CGGGAACGACGUCGUGCGGCGCCCCGCCCCUUUCACCGCUACUGUGCUCCCGGCCUUUGCAGCUUCCGACGUUUACAUGUAUGGUCGGAUCGGGAGUGUGUCAGCGCAACUCCCUUUCUGCUUGCCCCCCGGUCUCUGCCGUCUAUCAGGUCGCGAGUGCGGUGCCCACUGGGGGUCGCCUGGAUAUCGCAGGGCCGGGGCCGCCCGUGAAGCCUGAGUGUAUGGUGGCCCCGGACCUUCUGCUCAUCCCGGGUCCGGUAACUGCCUGUGUGCUCGGCAUCCGGCCGAGGUCCCGUUUGGCUUGGUGAGGGAACGGCAUGUCUGCCUCUUCCGCUGACAUGAUUGAAACCCCUCCAGUGCUGAACUUUGAGGAGAUCGACUUCAAGGAGAUCGAGGUGGAAGAGGUAGUGGGAAGAGGCACCUUUGGUGUUGUCUGCAAAGCAAAAUGGCGGGGAAAAGAUGUGGCUAUCAAGCAGAUUGAGAGUGAAUCUGAGAGGAAGGCCUUUAUCAUUGAGCUUCGUCAGUUGUCACGUGUGAACCACCCAAAUAUUGUAAAGCUGUAUGGAGCCUGCCUAAAUCCGGUAUGUCUAGUUAUGGAAUAUGCUGAAGGAGGCUCCUUGUAUAAUGUGCUGCACGGUGCCGAGCCCCUGCCUUACUACACAGCUGCUCAUGCCAUGAGUUGGUGUUUACAAUGUGCCCAAGGGGUAGCAUAUUUACACAGCAUGAAACCAAAGGCUCUUAUUCACAGGGACCUUAAACCACCAAACUUGCUUCUGGUCGCUGGAGGCACUGUUCUGAAGAUAUGCGACUUUGGUACAGCCUGUGAUAUUCAGACUCACAUGACAAACAACAAAGGGAGUGCUGCUUGGAUGGCUCCUGAAGUUUUUGAAGGGAGCAACUACAGUGAAAAAUGUGACGUGUUCAGCUGGGGCAUCAUUCUUUGGGAAGUUAUUACCAGGCGGAAGCCAUUUGAUGAAAUUGGAGGUCCUGCUUUUCGGAUAAUGUGGGCUGUCCAUAAUGGUACUCGGCCACCUCUAAUUAAAAAUUUACCUAAGCCUAUUGAAAGCUUAAUGACUCGCUGCUGGUCAAAAGAUCCGUCUCAACGACCUUCAAUGGAAGAGAUUGUCAAGAUAAUGACACAUCUUAUGCAGUAUUUUCCUGGAGCUGAUGAAUCUUUACAAUAUCCAUGCCAGUACUCUGAUGGGGGACAAAGCAAUUCUGCCACAAGUACAGGAUCUUGCAUUGACAUUACUUCUACAAAUACCAGCAAUAAGAGUGAUGAGAUCCAGGCCAGUGCAGAUGAUACCAUUAAACGAAUAGAGUCCAAAUUGGCACAUUUGAAAAAUCAGCCCAAGCAGGGAGGCGAAGCAGGCCGUUUGAGUUUGCCACCUUCUCGAGGUAGCAGCGUAGAAAGCCUGUCGGAUACACGAGGGAAGCCCUCUUCAAUACUGGGCACAUCUGAGAACAAACGAAUGAGUGCAGACAUGUCUGAACUGGAGGCAAGGAUUUCCGCAAGUACAGCCUAUACCAAGCCUAAGCGAGGCCACCGUAAAACUGCUUCAUUUGGCAAUAUUCUGGAUGUCCCUGAGAUCAUCAUAACAGCAGGCAACGGGCAGCCAAGGCGCAGAUCUGUUCAGGACCUCACUAUUAUCGGGACAGAAUCCAAUCAGGAGAGCAGAAGUAGCAGCAGAUCCUCAAGUCCUAGUGUAAGGAUGAUUACUACCUCAGGACCAACCCCUGACAAGCCGGCACGUGGUAUUCCUUGGGUUCCUGAUGAUUCAGAUACCAAUGGGUCAGAUAACUCAAUCCCAAUGGCUUACCUUACUCUGGAUCAUCAGCUACAACCUCUAGCUCCAUGUCCAAACUCCAAAGAAUCUAUGGCUGUGUUUGAACAUCACUGCAAAAUGGCACAGGAAUACAUGAAAGUUCAGACAGAAAUUGCAUUAUUACUUCAACGAAAUCAAGAAGUAGUAGCAGAACUUGACCAGGAUGAAAAAGACCAACAAAAUACAUCUCGUCUGGUACAGGAGCACAAAAAGCUUUUAGAUGAAAACAAAAGCCUUUCAACGUAUUAUCAGCAAUGCAAGAAACAGUUGGAUGUUAUCAGAAGCCAGCAACAGAAACGCCAAGGAACGUCCUGAUUCAGAUCAGUUACGAGAUGACCUCUCGCUACUGUGCAAUUAAAGACAAUUUGCAAACUUUCCAUUGUUACUUUAAGCAUGAAAAUGGAUUUUUUUGGAUCAGCACAUGAAACUGCUGGAUAAACUACAGCCAUUAAGGGGUUGAUGUGAACUAUUGGUGUAUGCAUGUUUCAUGCCUGUGGAAGGUCCUAAUCCGUUAUAUAUGAAUAGUUUGAUUAAUCUUCUUUUAUAUGUAAUGCUGAACUUUGCUUCUUAAAGAAUGUCAAAGAUCCUGCUUUUCAAAGAAUUUAUUUUUUUGGUAACAAACUGCAUUUUAGUCCGCUCGCUAAUACGAUUUUCCAGUUCCUCCAAUUGACCGUUUCAGGUAUUUUAUGUCUUAUCGUAUUCCUGUAGUUCAGUAAUUUAUGUUUUACUAUCAGUGUGUGGAGAAAGGAAAUGUGGGGGUGAGAAACAUUGAAAUAAAAGCAGGUUUGUUUAAAAAAAAAAAAGAAAAAAAGCUGUAUACACAUUCAAUGAGAAUGACUUUUCAUGCUCUACAGUCUGAACUGAAUUAAAGUACAGUAAAGGAACAUCAUGCUUUUAAGA